CUCUAAUCCUAAGAAAAAAAAUGUUAAGCGAGAUUUCUUACAAAGGUUAUAAGUUGUAACUGAUAAAUGGAAGGGAAUUUAUAGCAGAGCAUGAAUCUUUAGCUGGGCAGUUAGGUUGGUAGAAAAAAUCUCAGAAAUUAGAAAUGCUUGACCUCGCUUCCUGAGAGGAACGACUCUUCAUGAAGGAUGAAGCAAAAGCUAUACGAGUAUGUUCUGUUAUUCCAGAAAAGGAAGGAAGAGAAAGUAAAAGUAUACAUAUUGAGCUGCUUCGGCUUCCAUGCGUGCAAACACAGCACUUUUUCGGGCUUUUCUUUUCUCUCUCUCUCAAUCCAUCUUCGAUUUUCGGCAAUCAACAGUUAGCUGAUAUUCUCCGCUUCAGCAGAUUCCCCAGAACCCCAUCUUUCUGCCCUUGCCCUACUUCUCUUCAUUGCUUUCCAAGCCAAGAAUCUCUCUCUCUACCACUUCCCCUUAGAUUCCUCUCCCUCCCUAUUUUUCUCUUCCUUUUUCCGCUACUAUUAACGAUGUCUAAUUCCCCUUGUUUUCCAUCUCCUGUUCGUCUCUCUCUCUCUGUCAUUUUCAGUUCUCGUCCUUCCCUUUUCCUUCCCUCGGAUCUCCCAUUUCGCCAAUUCUAUACAUCAUAUUUCCGCCGCCGUUAUGGCUCCUUCAGAAGUCAAUCAUCUCUCUCACCCUUGUAUAUAUGGGGAUUUUGCUUCCUCAUUCUCCGAGAGGAAGUCUGGCUUUAUGAAAUGGUUUAGUAAGCUUUUCAAAGGUGGGUCCAGUCGAGGAAGGGGAGGUCGUCAUCUCCGGCAGGCUACAGAGGAAAAUUUGGUUUGGCGUAAUCCGGCUAGAUCGUUGGAUGACCGUUCUCUAGCUGAAGAUUUGAAGAGACCAAAUGCUCGUCAAGGAUAUAGAUUGGGGGGAGGCAUCAAUAAAGAUUAUGCAAGUGAAUUUCAGGAUAACCAAAACUCAUCUGCACAUCCUCCAUACAGCCGUGCAACAUAUGGGGAAAUUAGAAUAUGCGGUGGGUGCAAGCAGGAGGUAGACUAUGCGAAUUGUUUAACAUGCAAUGAUACUCAUUUUCAUCCAUGGUGCUUUCGCUGUCACUCUUGUCGCUACCCCAUUACUGAGCAUGAGUUUUCUUUAUCAGGGAAGCAUCCAUAUCACAAGUCCUGUUUCAAAGAGUUGACCCACCCAAAAUGUGAAGUUUGCUACCAAUUUAUUCCUAUAAAUGCUGCUGGUUUGAUCGAGUAUAGGUGUCACCCAUUUUGGUCCCAAAAAUAUUGUCCAUCUCAUGAAUAUGACGAUACAGCUCGCUGCUGUAGUUGUGAAAGAUUGGAGUCUUUGAAUGCAAAAUACUAUAGCUUGGAAGAUGGGCGGAGUUUAUGUUUAGAGUGCAUGGAGUCAGCUAUUAUGGACACUGGAGAUUGUCAACCUCUUUACCAUGAUAUUAGAGAUUAUUAUGAAGGAAUGUUUAUGAAAAUAGACCAACAAAUUCCUAUGCUUCUGGUUGAGAGGCAAGCACUCAAUGAAGCUAUUGUUGGGGAUAAAAAUGGUUACCAUCACAUGCCAGAGACAAGAGGCUUGUGCCUUUCUGAAGAGCUGACUGUCACCAGUAUUCAUCGGAGGCCAAGAAUCGGAGGCCGCCAGCUAUUUGGGAUGAGAACCCAGCCUCAAAAGCUGACUAGAAAAUGUGAGGUUACAGCCAUUCUUGUUCUCUACGGUCUUCCAAGGUUGCUCACGGGCGCCAUCCUUGUCCACGAGUUGAUGCACGGCUGGUUACGCCUUAAAGGUUACCGUAAUCUUAAUCCUCACGUAGAGGAAGGAAUCUGUCAGGUUCUGUCUUAUAUGUGGCUUGAGUCAGUGGUGAUGCCUGGCCUUAAGAGCAUGCCUUCAACUUCAGCAGCCUCCUCCUCCUCCUCCUCUUCCUACUACCCCUCCUCAUCAUCUAAGAAAGGAGCCAAGUCUGAAGUUGAGAAUAAACUGGGUCAAUUUUUCAUGAAUCAAAUUGCCAAUGAUUCUUCUCCAGCGUAUGGGGGUGGAUUUAGAGCUGCUAAUGAAGCUGUGAACAAAUAUGGUUUACAUCGUACUCUUGAUCAUAUUCGUUUGACUGGUAGUUUCCCACUGUAACAACAAAAAUAAAGGAAAAUGGAAGAAAAAGAAAGGCAAGAGAAUUGUCAGUUCAAUCGUUUCUCUCAAGCUUGAUUUCAAUGGAACAUUAUUCUCUUCCCUUUUCGCCUUCUCAAUUUUCCUUGAUUCGAAUUUAUACUGAGUACGUUGGGAUUGAUAUGAAUGGCCUUGAGUUAAUUCAAGCUCCAAGACAGAAGCUAGGAGAGCUUCCCCUCUGCUAUUUUAUGGGGGUACUGAGGGUGUGCCAAGUUCCAGUAUGCUAAUAAUAAUAAUUUGAAGUA